UCAAAACAACAUGGCGGCGCUCUGUGACUGAGUUGAUAUUUUUUGUGAUAACGCUUCAACGUAUUAAACUUUUUCAUUCGCAGAUUAAAACAACGAAAAUAUGGACACUACUAUAGAGGAAGAACCGGAGCCAAUAAAGCUCAAGUCCAUCAAGAACAAUAAAACUUUCACAGUGCCUCAAAAUGACAGGUUUGGAAGUUGCCGGAGUGUCAGAGAGUUUGAGAAGCUCAACCGCAUAGGAGAAGGAACUUAUGGAAUUGUGUACAGAGCCCGAGACACCAAAUCAGAUGAGAUUGUAGCACUGAAGAAAGUCAGAAUGGACAAAGAAAAAGAUGGGAUCCCCAUUAGCAGCCUGAGAGAGAUCAACCUGCUGCUUAGGCUCAGACAUCCCAACAUAGUGGAGCUUAAAGAAGUGGUCGUUGGAAGCCAACUACAGAGUCUGUUCCUAGUGAUGAGCUACUGCGAACAGGAUUUGGCCAGUCUGCUGGAAAACAUGCAGACGCCGUUCUCUGAGGCUCAGGUCAAGUGUAUUGUCCUUCAGCUGCUCAGAGGUUUGGAGUAUCUCCACCACAACUUCAUCAUACAUAGGGACCUGAAGGUGUCUAAUCUGCUGAUGACAGACAAAGGCUGCGUGAAGAUCGCUGACUUUGGAUUGGCCCGGAUGUAUGGUAUCCCCCAGCAGCCCAUGACGCCUCGAGUGGUCACACUGUGGUACAGAGCCCCAGAGCUCCUCCUAGGGACCAAAACUCAAACUACAGCUCUGGACAUGUGGGCUGUUGGCUGCAUCCUGGCUGAGCUGCUGGCUCAUAAACCUCUGCUGCCUGGAACCUCUGAGAUCCAGCAGGUCGACCUGAUCGUCCAGCUGCUGGGGACGCCCAAUGAAAACAUCUGGCCGGGUUUCUCCCAGCUGCCUCUAAUCGGCCAGUACAGUCUGAGGAAACAGCCGUACAACAACCUGAAGAACAAAUUCACUUGGUUAUCUGAUGCAGGACACAGACUGCUCAACCUGCUCUUCAUGUACAACCCACAGCGAAGAGCUACAGCCAAAGACUGUCUGGAGAGUUCCUACUUCAAAGAAAAACCUCUGCCCUGUGAACCUGAGCUGAUGCCAACCUUCCCUCACCAUCGCAACAAGAGGGCCACUGCUGCUCCUGCAGAGAGCCACUCCAAACGGAGCAAAGUGUGACAGAGACACUGAGACACUGGACUCAAACCUGCAGCUGCAGUCCAAGGAUGAAUGUUGGAUCUGUUGACUCUUCAUGCUUGGAACAUGAGUUUACUCGUGAAGGUUUUACUUUGGUACUUGGAUGUAAACCAGCUGGACUCUGUUGAUGCCAACAAACUCUGGCACAAAUCGCUGGACUGUGUACAUAGAACUCUGCACGGUCAGUACAUCGCCUCAGAGAUGGUGUGAUCAAUAUGAAGGCUGUAAACACUGAUCUCUGAUCUCUGGGGACUGAGCUAAUUUGGUUGAGUUUUGAUCACAGCUGAACUGGCUCUGUUUAAAGACGUCAGUCUGUCAGGAGAAAACAGGACUGAAGUGGAAGAAAGUGCCUGUAUAGCUCUAAAAGUCAGGGGUGUAUUAAAAGAAUUGCAAACCUUUUUAAGAAAAUAUCUGGUACAUGCUGUCCCCUCCAUCAUAAGCAUGGGUCUAUGGGGAGUGUCUGUCAGAUCCUGAAACUGUUUUUACUCAUUUUUGGCAGUUGAAGUAGUUUCCAUUUAACUUUUCACUGAAAAGUGCGAAAGUUAGUCUGUUAUCUAAAUCACCAGUCCAAAGAAAAGUUGACUUGCAGAUUGUUACUGUCAUUCUUUUGCUUUUCACUGCAUCACUUUUUAAAGGGAAAUGCUGGAGCAAAUGCUGUUAAAACAAUGGAUGACAUGCUUGUUUCUCUUGUCAGAUUUCUUCCCUCUUCUUUUAUCUGGAGGUUUUACCAGGACCCAAAUAAUUCAUAGUUUGAUUCAGUACGAUAUGAAGCAGCUGGGUCUAGUGUGAGUGCAUGCUAACAGUCUGUUAAGAAUCUGUGCUCUUUGUGAUGCCACAAUAAGAGGAAUUAUAAACAUAACUGCCCCAGCUGUACUCACAUGAGCUCACCCCACAAAACAGGAGGAGCUUAUUUGCAUUUAAAGAGAUACCCACCAAAGCAGUGUUGAGAGCUGGUUUAGACAGGUUCAAAAGCCUCAGCUGGUGCUUGAUUCAUGUUGUACUUCGACUUCAGCACAGAUGUUUUUAGGUCAGUGGUUCUCAACUGGUGAGUCGGGACCCAAAUGUGGUUCGUGUUUCCCUUUUCAGUGGAUCGUGAAUGUGUGCCCUAGGGGAAAAAAAUGCAACAAAAAGUCCCUGACACUCUAACCUUAUAAUCUGAAAAGUUGAACUAUUUAAAAGGCCUCGGCUUGAACAUUUGACAUGAACUGCAAAACAUAUUAGGUCAUAAAAACAUUGAUGGGUUUCUUUUGGUUGGUUUGUGUUGAAUUGUUGCUGUCAGUAUGGU